AAGGGUGGUGACCGAACUGCAACAAAAUUAAAAGCCACCUCACACCUCCAAGGUUUUGGAGUCCUGGGUGAGGGCGGUGUUGACCUGGGUAAGGGCGGUGUUGACCUGGGUGAGGGCGCUGUAGAGCUGGUUCAGAUCGGUGUUGGCCUGCGUGAGGGCGGUGGUGACUUGAGUGAGGGCGGUGUUGACCUUGGUGUGGUCGGUGGUGACCUAGGUGAGGUCGGUGGCGACCAGGAUGAGGAGGUCGGUGGCCUCUCUGAGGCCGGUGGUGACCUGGGUGAUUUCUGUGGCGACCUGGGUGACUUCUGUGGCGACCUGGGUGAGGUCGGUGGCCUGUCUGAGGUCGGUGGCGACCUGGGUGAGGUCGGUGGCCUGUCUGAGGUCGGUGGUGACCUGGGUGAGGUCGGUGGUGACCUGGGUGAGGUCGGUGGCCUGUCUGAGGUCGGUGGCGACCUGGGUGAUUUCUGUGGCGACCUGGGUGAGGUCGGUGGCCUGUCUGAGGUCGGUGGCGACCUGGGUGAAGUCGGUGGCCUGUCUGAGGUCGGUUGUGACCUGGGUGAGGUCGGUGGCCUGUCUGAGGUCGGUGGCGACCUGGGUGAGGUCGGUGGCCUGUCUGAGGUCGGUGGCGACCUGGGUGAGGUCGGUGGCCUGUCUGAGGUCGGUGGUGACCUGGGUGAGGUCGGUGGCCUGUCUGAGGUCGGUGGUGACCUGGGUGAGGUCGGUGGCCUGUCUGAGGUCGGUGGUGACCUGGGUGAUUUCUGUGGCGACCUGGGUGAGGUCGGUGGCCUGUCUGAGGUCGGUGGCGACCUGGGUGAGGUCGGUGGCCUGUCUGAGGUCGGUGGCGACCUGGGUGAGGUCGGUGGCCUGUCUGAGGUCGGUGGCGACCUGGGUGAGGUCGGUGGCCUCUCUGAGGUCGGUGGCGACCUGGGUGAUUUCUGUGGCGACCUGGGUGAGGUCGGUGGCCUGUCUGAGGUCGGUGGCGACCUGGGUGAGGUCGGUGGCCUGUCUGAGGUCGGUGGCGACCUGGGUGAGGUCGGUGGCCUGUCUGAGGUCGGUGGCGACCUGGGUGAGGUCGGUGGCGACCUGGGUGAUUUCUGUGGCGACCUGGGUGAGGUCGGUGGCCUGUCUGAGGUCGGUGGCGACCUGGGUGAGGUCGGUGGCCUGACUGAGGUCGGUGGCGACCUGGAUGAGGUCGGUGGGUUCUCUGAGGUCGGUGUCCACCUGGGUGGGCUCGGUGGCCUGUCUGAGGUCGGUGGGCUCUCUGAGGUCGGUGUCGACCUGUGAGUGAGGGUCGGUUGCGACCUGGAUGGGAUGUUUGGUGACCUAGGUGAGCAGAUUGGUGGUGACCAGGGUAAGAAGUUCUGUGGCGACCUUCAUGGGAAGAUCGUUGGCGAACUGGGUGGGACCCUGGGUUAAAAGGUCGCAAGCGACCUUGGUGCGAACGUCUGUUGCGAACUGGGUUAGAAGGUCGGUGGCGACCUGGGUGAGGUCGGUGUCGACCUGGGUGAGGUCGGUGGGCUGUCUGAGGUCAGUGUUGACCUGUGAGUGAGGGUCGGUUGCGACCUGGAUGGGAUGUUUGGUGACCUAGGUGAGCAGAUUGGUGGUGACCAGGGUAAGAAGUUCUGUGGCGACCUUCAUGGGAAGAUCGUUGGCGAACUGGGUGGGACCCUGGGUUAAAAGGUCGCAAGCAACCUUGGUGCGAACGUCUGUUGCGACCUGGGUUAGAAGGUCGGUGGCGACCUGGGUGGGAAGGUCAGUGGUGACCUGAGUGAUAAGGUCGGUGGCGACCCGGGUGAGAAGGUCAGUGGUGACCUGGGUGGGAAGAUCAGCAGUGACCUGGGUGGGAAGAUCAGCAGUGACCUGGGUGGGAAGAUCAGCAGUGACCUGGGUGGGAAGUUCAGCGGUGACCUGGGUGGAAAGAUCAGCAGUGACCUGAGUUGGAAGAUCAGCAGUGACCUGGGUGGGAAGAUCAGCGGUGACCUGGGUUGUGGGUUCGGUCUUCACCAAGGCCUAUGUAGCUGUUGUUUCAGUAACAUUCUUGGCAUUUAUGGUGGUGGUAUCGGCUAAGAUUUCAUUUUUAAUGCAUACAGGUUCUGGAACCCCCGACGUCAUCUCUCUAUAUUCUCGGACCUUCCCAAGCAUUUCUUCUUGUGGAUUCUGGAACCCCAGAGGUUGUCUCUUAUGGUAUGGGAACCACUGAGUUACUUUGAGCUUGAGUGGAGUGAGAUCCCAUCCUUGUAGUUAUAACAAUCCAACUCUACUCCACAGUCUUCUAAAACGUUGGAAGCUCUCGGGCCAUGGUAUCUUAACAUUUUUGCACCAUUCAGUAAGAUUUUGUGAGAAUAUCAACACUAAACAUACACCUAGGAAGAAAACUAGCAAUAGGAAGAUGGCCAGCCCCACCGUUACUAUCACUAUCAAUGAGUUGGACUCGAGUAGUGAUUCCAAGUACCAUAGGCGUUCGAGGGCCCUCAUACAGUGUCCGAAGGGAGUGAGUGGCUGGGGAAGAUUUAGGUACCAUGCUUCAGGCAGCUCCACCUCCAUCUCGUAGAAACCGGGGGAGAACCACUGUAGCACGACAGUCAAGAAACCAAAAAUACUGAAUCUGUCGUCCUGCUCAUUCUUCGGGAGGAGCAUUUUAAUUUCCUAUACACUGGGUUCCAGAACUAACAGAAAACCUUAUAAACUUGCCCAGAUGUAAACACCUAGACAGACUAUUUAACAUAAGGUAAUCAGUGACAAUUUUUUGGCGAAUUCAAAAAUAAUUUAAACAACCCAUUGAAUGACGGGAACCCUAAGUAGGCCUUCGUCCCUGACCUUCUCCCGGUCUCCUACAACCUCUAAUUAGCAAACAUAAUUGUGGUCUCCUACCACCUAUUCUUAGUCGAGGUAUUAUCGCUGCAACUUCUCAGCGUGCAUGCGAUAAUUACGAGCGUACCUCUCUCUUGUAUCCAUGAUACGUUUUUCCUGGUUGAUGUCUGGCUUUUCUCCACGGAAGUGCGUUAUAUCUUGAUUACUCAUCGUGAAGGAAUUGAUAUUUAUAGGUCUAUACCUCACGAAGUAAACUUUGUGAGUUAGAUAUUAAUAUAGUAUUCUAGGAAUACAUGUUUGCUGCCUUCAGGCAUACAAUUAACUUGGAACGUAUAUCCACUGCCUUCAGGCAUACAAUUAACUUGGAACGUAUAUCCACUGCCUU